AUGUCGCUUCUCACUAACACUACAGAUACGGUCUCGGGCUCUUCUCAGGAUCCUGAGGUAACAGAGAUGGCCUCAGGAACAGACAGUGACACCAUCCGCGAUAUUUGCUCUUAUCACCGCAGCAAAUACUACUUCCCUCUUGUCCAGAACAACUUUGGCCAAGUUCCUUCGGCUUUGUCUACAUCUUUCAAGGCACCUACGUCCGACCUUGGCGAUUUAAGCGUUCUGCCUGAGGAGGUUCUAGCGAUGAUAGCCUUGAAUCUAGAUAUUGAUUCCUUUCGUCAUUUCCGUCAAGUCAACCGCCAAGCACGGUUCAUAGCCACCGCUAUCCCUCAGUAUCAGCAGGUCUUGUGCUGGAAUAACUCGUAA